AUGAUUGAGAAUACUGAUAGUGAGAUUCAAGAAUUAGAAGCAAUUCAAGAAGAAAUUCAAGAAGAAAUUGAGGAAUUAGAAAAUGCCGCUUUGUCAAGAAGUGCUGAAUCGCCUACAAUGAUUACUUCCGAUCGUCUCAGGCACCACCACGCACAUCGAACAAACCUUCGAAUGAAGGUAUUUGCUACCUUGAAUGAUCCAAGGAUUGAAUUGUUGGCAGCCGCAUCCGUCAUUCUCUCCACCUUUUUGGUGGCUGUCAGCACUUUGGACAAUUUAUCGAUCGAGGCCUAUGCCGCUAUUGAUGAUGCCGUGAUUGGAUUGAACGUCCUGUUUACGAUAGAUUUCUUUGUCCGAUGGUAUGCUGCAGGUCAAUUCAAAUUCAUCUAUCUGACGAAACCUCUGGCCAUUAUUGAUCUAUUUGUGGUAAUCAUCCCAUUAUUUCUCGGUUCUGUCAUGCCCAUGCUGGAUGGCUUUGGGUUAAUGGGAGAUUUUGUACCAAAUGUUUCGGAAAGUUCUGGCCUCCAAGUUCUAUUGUUGCUACGAGUAUUGCGACUGAAACGAGUGUUGACGGACAUUCAGACAUUUCGACGCUUCGCAGGAGCCAUUGGAAUUCGACGGAGCGAUGUCCGACCAUAUCAGUUGCAGCUAUCCAGGGUCCUCUUGUCCAUUUUUACUUUGCUGAGCGUAGCCUCGGGUCUCAUCUAUACCGCCGAACACGCUGUCAAUCCAGCCAUUCCAGAUUAUUUCACGGCACUUUACUUUGGCCUAACUACCUUGACCACAGUUGGGUUUGGUGAUAUUGUCCCAGUCACGUUCAAUGGACGGUUAGUGGUAUGCGGGUCCAUUCUAGUAGGCAUUGCCGUCAUUCCAGCACAAGCUGCCAAACUUGUGGACGCCAUUGUUGCCAGUCAAGGAUUGGCAGAAGAUGAAACGAUUGGAACAAUGACCAGGAGUACAUCGCUGCUGACAACGAAAAAAUCAAGAGGAGAUACGGAUAGUCCUACGAAUGGAUUGGGACCAAGUGGGGCCGACUUGGAAGUUCCUCCCAAAGAUGUCAAGAUGGAGAAUACAGGGAAUGCUGCCUCCUACAAGGUUUGUGGCAACUGUCGGGCCACUGGCCAUAGAAUGGACGCUACCUUUUGCUUCAAUUGUGGAUCUAAAAUAUAG